AGUGAGUGUGUGUCAUCCCAUGCUCUCCGAACUUUGAGUGAAGCAAAAUGGAAUUCUCCACAGCUUCUUCCAUUUGCAGAAGAUGUGAAAAAAAUGCACCAAUAUCUUGACAGCCAUAGUAAGGAGUCUCAAACAAAACUUGAACAAGAACCAAGUAGCAAACACUGGGCAGAACUUGCAAAAGUGACACUCUGUCAGGUGAUACUUUUUAAUCGUAGAAGGGAAGGAGAGGUAUCCAAGAUGUCCCUUAAUUCUUUCAUAUUGAGGGAUACCUCAUCGACUCAUCCAGAUGUAGAGCUUGCCCUGACAGACCUUGAAAAGUCACUUUGCAAGCACUUCCAGAGAAUUGAAAUACGAGGUAAACGUGGACGUAAGGUCCCCAUUCUUCUCACACCUGAUAUGGUGACAUCGAUGGAGUUACUCGUCAAGACUCGCCGUAACUGUGAUGUUCUGGAUGAGAAUGUAUUCAUGUUUGCAAGACCAAACGCAAUGAGCCAUUUCAGAGGAUCAGACAUUGUUCGAUAUGUAGCUCGCAGCUGUGGAGCACAAUCUCCAGAAGCACUGUCCUCAACUAGAUUGCGAAAGCAUAUGGCAACAAUGUCCAAAGUACUGAACUUAAAAGAUAAUGAAAUGGACGAUAUUGCUAACUUCCUAGGACAUGACAUCAGAGUCCAUCGCCAAUACUAUAGACUACCUGAAGGUACCUUACAGUUGGCAAAGAUAAGCAAAGUACUUAUGGCUAUGGAGCGAGGACAACUAAAUUAUUUCAAAGGAAAGAAUCUCGAUGAGAUCGAGAUUGAUCCACAAGAAAAAAUACAGAUGGACAGUGAUGAAUCGGACUCUGACACCGAAAUAACUGAAAAGGCUGCUUCACCUUCAAAUUCUGCAGACAAAUCAAAGAAGUCUACUGCUGGAGUUGGACAAAAGAAAACUACACAACCAGCUAAAGGAAAGAAAGUUAAAAAACGGCAGCCAAUGGACUUGGAACAACCAGACACAACAAAGAGAUCUUCGCGAAACCCACGGAAAAAGUGGUCUACAGAGGAGAUCCAAGCGGUAGAAAAAACGUUGCUAACCUGCAUCAAGUCUGGAAGGGUUCCCGGGAAAACACAGUGCGAAGAAUGCAUUAAAUCCUCCCCUGCUGCGCUUCAAGGAAGAAGCUGGGAGGCAGUCAAAUUUUAUGUUAAAAAUCGCAUUGACUCGUUGAAGCGAAAAUUGUAAAAGAAAUGUGAAAUAGCCUUUAACAAGGUUUUGUUGUUAAAGGUAAGAAGUUCCUGUCGCUGUGUUAAGCGAAAAAAUGUUGUGUUGAGUUUUUGGAUUCACAAAAAGACAGUUAUGUUGGUUUGACACUGCACACGUAAGCAGGACAUAAGCAGCGUGUAUUUUUUUUCUGCACACGUUAACAGAUUAGCACACAGAGGCGGAGUAGAAGCAUCAGUGCUGUGAUCGUUUCAGCGUUGAGUCUAUUUUUGCUGCACCGUAUUUCCAAAUUUACUAAAUCUUCUGGCCAAAGCUUAA